CAUAAAACCAAUAUUUAAGGGGGAUAAAAAAAAAAGGAAAAUAGCAUGAUCCACCAUUCCUUUCUCUUUUUCACCUUAUAUAAAUGCUCACUCCAAGCUCACGUAGUUCACCACUCCACCACCACCACCACCACUGGCGGCAGCGGCGGCGGAUCACUUCUUCUCUUUCCAACUCCUUCACACAAGACUCAUAUCAUAACGGAGCCGUGUCAUCGCUCAAAUCUCCAUACACAUACAAACUAGAAAAAGGAAAUGGCCUCGGCGGCGGAACCGGCGGCGCCACCGUCGCCAUCUUCAUGGCAGUCGCCGGUGCCGUACCUAUUCUGCGGGCUGGCAGCCAUGCUGGGCCUCAUAGCUUUUGCUCUCCUUAUAUUGGGCUGCUCCUACUGGAAAUUCCACGGGAUCAGCCGCCAAAGAAGGGACGUCGAAGCACACGGCGGCGCAAAGGCGGCGCCGCCGGUGUUUGUAGAGAGGUAUCUGGUGAUCAUGGCGGGGCAGGAGAAGCCAACUUUCUUGGCAACUCCCACCUCGCCUUUUGGCAGUUUCCGGUGUGGAACUAGUCAAACUUCUCUGGCAUUAGAAAAAAACAUUCAGCCUCAUCAAUCUCAGCUACAUCAGUUUCAGUGACAUUUGUUUUUUUUUUUUUUUCCAACUCUUUCUCUCUCUUUUUUAUUUAAAAAAAAUGGAUUAAAAAAUUAAUGUACAUUAUUCAGCAUCAUAAACAACAGUUAAUUAUUUCGAAAAA